CGGAGUGCAAAUACUGAGCGAGCUAUAAAGACUUUGACUAUCAACUUUGAACUUCUUAUGGAGAGACCCAUGAGGGUCAUGUGGUCCUGCUGGGAUCCCACCACAAAUAUUAUUGAAGGGUGUAACAUCGUCAUUAAGAACCUUGAUCCGUCCAUUAAUGGAAUGCUCCUGAAAGGCCACCAAGUCACCGUCGAGUACUUUAAGUCUCGGGAGGAGCACAAGGUUGAAGACAAAAACCAGGGCAACAACUUGUACAUCAAGAACCUGGAUGACAACAUUGACAACGACUGCCUGUACAUGACAUUUGCACAAUUUGAAACCAUCAAACGUGCAAAGGUGAUGAAGGAGAAUGGGCGUUCAAAGGGAUUCGGCUUCGUCUGUUUUACAUCAUCCGUAGAAGGUUUGGAGACAGCUGCCCCAGUGGAUGGUGUGGUGACAGCUGCCCCAGUGGACACUGUGGAAGGUGUGGUGACAUCCACCCCAGUGGAGACUGUGGAAAAAGCUCCAGCUACAUUUGAGGAAAUCCUGGAAAUGAAGCAUAGAAACAGCAAAAAGGAAAAAGGGGAGAAUAAUAAUAAUAAGAAGAAAUGUCACAGACAAUUAUUUUAAAUAUAUUGUAAAUAUAUUGUUGUUUGAAUUUUUAAUACAUUUUAA